AUGACUUCGUCCAGCGCCGGGCACGACGGCCUCCGCGACCAGAACCACGAUGCCCAUCCCGAAGUCGACGCUCACGCAAACGCCCCGGCUGCGGUCGCUACAGCCCCUGCAGCUGCGAUGACUCCUCUGGCAGGGACGGCCGCUGCGCAGCAGGAAACAGCGCCGUCCGACAGGCCAGAAGCUGUGAUCGUCUCAAUAGAGACCGAAGCCGCGCAAGAGCCGGCGCAAGAGCUUGGGAUUGCAGUGGCAGAGGCGCCUGCGAUGGCGGCGGAACAGAAAAUCUCGUCGGAUGCGCAACCAAACUCUAAAGGCGGUGACGUCCCCGUUUCAGCGGUGGCUGUUGCUGUCGACGCUGCUCCUCCUCCUCCUCCAACAACAACAACAACAACAACAACAUCGCCCUCAUCAAAUUCCGCUCCGGCGCAACAGCAAACGGCCGCGACUACAUCUGCUCCUUCGGCCGCCGUAGAGGCUUCGGCAGUCUCAUCUUCCGCAAACCCCAUCACCAACCAACUUGCAACCUCAUUGCCACCAUCCAAACCCGACGCAAGUGCCGAGACCGACAACACAACCCAACAUCUACCCGCUACAUCAAUAGCAACUGCCUCUGGAGGAUCUGGCGAAUCAAGAGACAAACCUGCAUCUGGAGAGAUCAAGACGGAGGAUAUUACGAUGAUGGACGCUCCUGAUGUCAGUGCGACAACUGCUGCUGCUGUAGCCGAGACCCUAUCGCAUGCAUCUGCCAUGCCAGCCCCUCAGAUGUCUUCGACUGAGCAAUUCCAACCCUCAGCGCCCUACGCACCACAGGCCCCGAUAGACCAUCGACAUGCGUACAUGAUGAUGGCUUUGGCUUCCAUGUCUGCCGCACCGCCCGCCAUGUCACCACCGCCAACAGUAACCCCCUCUCAAGUGACUCUACCUAACAUAAUGGGAGACGGAUAUUUUGGCAUGGGCCCGGCCAGUAACAACAAUCUGCGGCAGUCUGGGACUGCCACUGACAUGGGCCUCGAGUCGUUUGCUCGUGUUGAGUUUGCCGACAGUGUCUUCCAGAUGACCACCUACGCCGUCAUUAUUGGCCGUGAUCAGCGAGCUCUGGAACAGGCCAGGCGUGAUGAAAAACGUGCUGAUGAUUAUAAACGGCGAACUGAAGAGAAUGCUAGCAAAGGGCUUCCACCGCCAUCUCCCAUCGUCCAGGACCGCCACAAGUUUAGUAAAUCAUAUGUCAGUGAGGAAGGUGGCAUGCUGGGUCCCGAAUCAGAUAGCGAAGAAAACGGACGUCCAACAAAACGGCGCAAAACUAGCACCACAGGAUCGUCACAUGAAGAAGUGGAAAACUCUCAAGAUAACGUCAUCUCAAAUCGCCAAUACGUCUCUCAUACCCCUGGGGCGGCUGCUGUCGACUUGACCUCGUUGAGGCCCUCUCCUUGGCACGUUCCCUUUAUCGGUAUCCACUCCCCUGGUCCGAACAUCGCAAGCAAGACCAAAGCCAUUUCCCGGGAGCAUCUCAAGAUUGCGUACAAUCAAGCCGAGGGUGUAUUUGAGGCCAUUCCACUGCACAAGAAUGGCUUUUUCUGCGAAGAUGUGCAUUACAAGAGCGAAAAGGUUGUGUUGAGGUGUGGCGACCGAUUACAGAUCAAGGACAUUGAUUUCCGAUUUAUUAUUAAUGGAGUCGAGAAGGGGCGAACGGGCGCAGAAGAGUACCAAGAAGAAGACGCUGCUAAGAAACGGCAUUCUCAUGGAGGAAAGAGCAUGAGCUUCGACUUUGAACAGUCUCACGGUAAUGGCCAGAUCCAAGACACAAGCGAUGAAUUAUCAGAUGUGGAAGUGAGCCCGGUCGAACUGUCCGAUUUUGGUGGAGAUGAUGAGGAAGAGGGAGAUGAAGAGGAGGCUGCUGAAGAAGAAGGAGAAGGAGAAGGAGAAGGAGAAGUAGAAGGAGAGGGUGAUGGCGAGGGCGAAGGAGACGCAGACGCAGACGCAGACGGAGAUGGAGAAGACGGAGAAGAUGGGGAUUUGGAUGCGCUUGAAGCAUCCAUCGAAGGAGAUUCUGAAAUCAAAGAUGAAGGAGACGCUCACAAUGACCCUUCAAUGCCACAGAUGGCUAGAAAGCGAGGCCCUGGCAGGCCUCCUAAGAACGGUAUCAUGUCAAAGAGGGAACAACGCUUGCUUAAGAAACAGCAACAAGAGAUGGCCAAGAAGACAUUGCCUCAAGCGCCACCAGUUGAACCGCCCCUCAAGCGCAAGGUCGGCCGGCCCAGGAAACACCCGUUGCCCGAAGACGGAACUGACCGCCCAGAGAAGCGCAAGUAUAAGCCGCGGAAACCCAAGAAUGAAGAUGGUGUCGAAGGCUCUGAUGCGGAGCGACGAGCGAGAGAGAAGAAGGAAAAGAAGUCACGGCCCAAGUCACCUCCUCUGGAGCUCAAGAUCGAGGAUUACACAGAAGAGCAACUUCAGAAGCCGAAUAAGAACUACGGAGUUCUUAUUGACGAAACAUUGACGGCAGCAGGCCCUGACGGUCUCACAUUGAAGCAAAUAUACAAGAGGAUUUGCCAAAGAUACCCGUGGUUUUAUUUCCACACCGAGACCAAGGGAUGGGAAAGUAGCGUUCGCCAUAAUCUGAUUGGGAACGAAGCGUUUAAGAAAGAUGAGACGACAAAUCUGUGGUCUCGAGUGCCCGGUGUGGAGUUGGAUGCUGGCAAGAAGCGAAAGGCAGCCUCUCCUGACCGAGGAUUGGUGGCUGCGCAGGCCUAUGGGCACUACUCAUAUCCAUAUGCUGCGCAGCAUAUGGCUCCCGGCGCGCAUCAUGGCUACCCUCCUAGCCAGACGCCAGCUCCUGGAUAUCAGGCACCUGCAUAUGCUGGACAACCGGCUCAUGCGGCACGCCCGGUGCAGUACGGUGCCUCUCAAUCCCCUCCUAUACAUCAACCUGUCCAACCAGCACAACCGGUACCAGUGCAACCGGCCCAACCGGUCCAACAAAUCGUAGGUGCGCCACCCCCGGCCCCUAUUCAGCUGUCAGGAUACGGCCCUCCUGCAGCCCCAGCUCGCCCUCAGCUUGGCGUGGCUCAGCCAGGAGCCUACAGCUCGCCUUAUGCCUCACGGCCGCCUCCCUUGACAACCCCGCCUGUAAAGGCCGAGGAUGGCAGUGCCAGUGUACCAUCUGCCGCUGUGCCUGGUCAGCGAUCCAUUUCGGCUGCUUCCGCAGAGUCGAAGCCAGUUGUUGCGUCGACAUCGCAUCUGGCUGCCACCCAAGCUGGUACCGGCCACCCAACCCCAGCUCGGCCGUCAGCAACGCCUGCUAGGCCGAUUAUCGAGCCUCGACUCCUCACUGCGGUAGUGGGCCUCAAGAAUGGCCUGGUAGAAAAUCUGAAGAAGGCUGGCAACCCCAAAGCCGAAGCUAUCGUCAUGUCAGCUCUGAACCGGUGCAUCGGGCUCAAGAAAGAAGCCACUGAAAAUGAUAAGAUGGAAACAAUCUGCAUUAAGGGUAUUCGUCAAGUCAUUGAUGGCUUCACCAAAGGCAAAAGCCCAACACCUAGCGGCUCUACUCCGCUACCAACAGACACACCGCCUGUUUUUGAGCCCAAGGUGCUGGCGGCUUUAAAUGGCCUCAAAGACGCCUCUGUCAAUGCGAUCAAGGCGGGCCUGGGCGCAGCCAAGGCUGAAGCCGUAACUCUAUCGGCUAUUGAUCGGGUUAUUGGCCUCGCAGAUGCAAGUAUAAUGCCAAAGGCUGCAGAGGGCGAGCCAGCCAGCAACUUUGAGGGAGUAGAGCAGCACCUUAUGAAAUCAAUCCGCCAGCUUCUGCAAGGCAUGAACCAGAAGCUACAAGGCGACUCAUAA